AUGUUCGCAUGGCUCAUCGUUUUCGCUUCUAUUGAUCGUUAUCUAUCAAGCUCUCGGGAUGCUCGUCGACGACAAUUUUGUGCGACAAAAACUGUGCGUCGUGCAAUAUGCAUUUUGGGUAUUAUCGUUUGUUUAUCAUAUUCUCAAGCGCUUUAUUGUUACGAGGCAAACCUGCCGAUUGCAUCAUCCCCAUGUUAUGCGAAAAGUGACCAAUGUCGUGUGUUUAAUGACUGGUUUUUUCUCGUAUUUUAUAAUUUAACUCCACCUGUGAUCAUGUUGAUCUUUGGUGCAUUGACAUUAAAGAAUCUUCGACAUGCGCAGCAACGACAAAUUCAAGCAGUAUCGUCAACAACGAUGGAUAGAAGUAUUCGUUAUCGGAAACGAGAUUUUCAACUAAUCAUCAUGUUACUCACACAAGUGAUAUUGUUCACCAUUACAAUCUUGCCACAUUCAGCGCAACGAAUCUACUCGACUUUAACCAGUAAUUUUGUCAAAACGAGCUUAACAAUAGCCACUGAUAAUUUAUGGUAUCAGUCGGCUGUUAUAUUGACUUCAUUACCGACUAGUAUAACAUUUUAUCUAUGCAUACUGAGCACUAAAAGAUUUCGUGAAGAACUUUGCAUAAUAACCCAACUAGUUUAUCGGAAAAUGAAAUAUUAA